UAACAGUGCAAGCAAGUAAAAUGUUAUCGAUGCUUUCUGACCACCGGCUGAAGAAGAAGACACUUUGAUAUUUGCCGAACAACAACAAAAGAAAUCCGAGUAAAAGCAAUAAAAAUGACAGAAGAAUCAAAUUUUGCCGAACAAAUCGUAAACAAUCACAAUAAAACAAAUGUGCGCUGUCAAUAUUGCAAUAGUCUAAUGCUGAAAGCAACAGAGGGCACCUACUGUGAGCAGGAAAUUGAUGUGCCGCUGAUGGUGCAGAAGAAGGACAGUAAACCCGAUGCGCUCAACACAGAGAAACUGGCUCAUUUUUGGCUGGUCACCGAUAUGAUGACGUUCGAGAACAUUGGUUUCUCGCACACCGUCGACGGACGCAAGUUUCUCGUCUGCGCCGACUGCGAACGUGGUCCAGUUGGCUACCACGAGUUGGCAUCCAAGCGUUGUUAUCUCGCCCUCAAGCGCGUGGUGCACACGGAUACCUAA